UCAGAUUCGGGGUUUUGCUUUGCACUGAAUCGCAGGUAUUUAGGUCAACAAACCCUAGAUUUACUGUUAUUGAAAAACAUAUAGUAGUCGUUUUUAAGAUACUGUAUUUUAGACAUUAUAUGUGCUGUGUUUAUUGAAUCUGUAAUUGUAAGCGAAGUUUAAGAUUAUGGAGAGGGAUUUGAGUGAGAAUGGGCACCGUAGGAGAAGGGACAAAUCAGAGGAUGAGGAUAGCGGGAAAGUAGAGCGGAAAAAGUACGAGGAUAGAAAAACUUAUGGUGAUAGGGAGGAUAGGAGGGAGAGAAGGCGGAGAACUGAACGCCGUGAGAGCGAUGAUGAUGGUGAGGGUAGGAGGGAGAGAAGAAGAACCGAACGUGGAAAUAGGGAUGGCAGUGAUGAUAAAAAGGAUGAUUCGAGGCGAGAUGAACAUGGAGAUGGUGGUGAAAGGAUGGAGAGGAGGGGAAAAGAUGGGAAUAAGGAGAAUGAUGAUGAAAGGGAUGAUAAGAGGGAGAGCAGAAAAGAGGAAAAGCAAGUUGAUGAUGUUGAUGAAAGGGAGGAUAGGAAGGCAAGAAGGCGGGGAAUUGAACGCAGUGUGAGUGAUGAUGAUGGUGAGGAUAAAGAUAGGGAUGAUAGGAGAGCAAGAAGGCAAAGAGCUGAACAUGGAAAUAGGGAUAGCAGUGAUGAUGAAAAGUAUGAUUCGAGGCGUAAGAGGCGAGAUGAAAAUGAAGAUGGUGGUGAAAGGAUGGAUAUGAGGCGAAAAGAUGAGAAUAAGGACGACAAUGAUAGGAGGGAUAGAAGGAGAAAAAAUGAACAGGUGAAUGAUAAUGAUAAGAGGGAGAGCAGAAAAGAGGAAACCCAAGUUGAUGAUGACGAUGAAAGGGAUGAUAGGAGAAAGAAGAGGCGAAGACAUGAGGGUGAAGGUGGUGACUUGAAGGAUGAUAAGAAGGAGAGGAGUCGAAGGAAUGAAGGUGAGAGCGAUGAUAGGAAGGAGAUGAGGCGACAGGAAGAUGACGAUGAAAAGGUGCAUAAGAGAAGGAAGGAUGAGAUUGGACACAGGGAUAGAGUUGAUCGGUAUAAUGAUGGUAGAGAAGGGGAUAAAAGAGGGAGGAAGGAUGUAGAGAGAGAAAAGAGGGUUGAUGGUGAUGACAAUAAUAGAAAGGAUAUACGGCAAAGGGAUGGAGAUGAUAAGCAUGGGAAAGAGAAGAAUAGGAAAGAUAAUGCACAAGAGGAUGGGGCUUUUAAAGCCAAUGAGGAUUCCAAGGUGCAAAAGCAAGAUGCUAAUUUGCCUACUGACUUAGCAAAGUUGGGAAGGAGUGGGGGUGUUUACAUUCCACCAUUCAAAUUGGCUAGAAUGAUGAAGGAUGUUCAGGACAAGAGCAGUGUUGAGUACCAGAGGAUGACUUGGGAUGCUCUGAGGAAAAGUAUCAAUGGGCUGGUGAAUAAAGUUAAUGCAGCGAACCUCAAAAAUAUUAUUCCAGAGUUGUUUGCAGAGAAUUUGAUCCGUGGGAGGGGACUGUUCUGUAGAUCCUGUAUGAAGUCCCAAAUGGCUUCUCCCGGUUUUACUGAUGUAUUUGCUGCUUUGGUAGCAGUGGUUAACACCAAGUUCCCAGAAGUGGGUGAUCUGUUGCUAAGAAGGAUCAUACUGCAGCUGCAAAGAGCUUAUAAACGUAAUGAUAAGCCUCAGCUGUUAGCAGCUGUCAAGUUUAUUGCUCACCUUGUAAACCAGCAAAUUGUUCACGAGCUUAUUGCUCUCGAACUACUUACCGUUUUGUUGGAGAAACCUACAGAUGAUAGUGUUGAAGUUGCAGUUGGUUUUGUUACAGAGUGUGGUUCAAUGCUUCAGGACCUCUGUCCACGAGGAUUGCAUGGAAUCUUUGAGCGGUUCCGUGGUAUACUUCAUGAAGGAGAAAUAGAUAAACGGGUUCAGUUUUUAAUUGAAAGCCUCUUUGCAUUGCGAAAAGCAAAGUUUCAGGGUUACCAAGCUGUGCGACCAGAGCUUGACCUUGUUGAGCAGGAAGAUCAAUUAACCCAUGAAGUCUCUCUCUCGGACACAAUAGAUCCAGAAAUUGCUUUAGAUAUUUUCAAGCCGGAUCCUAAUUUCUUAGAAAACGAAAGGAAGUAUGAAGAAUUAAAGAAGGCAAUACUUGGUGAAGAAUCUGAGGAAGAAGGAGAUUCGGGUGCAGAAUCAGAGGAUGAAGAUGAAGAUGAAGAGUCUGAUGAAGAAGAGGAUGAGGAGCAAAUGAAAAUAAAGGACGAAACAGAGACAAACUUAAUCAACCUUCGGAGAACGAUCUACCUGACGAUUAUGUCUAGUGUUGACUUUGAAGAAGCAGGACACAAGUUGUUGAAGAUCAAACUAGAGCCUGGUCAGGAGAUGGAGUUGUGCAUAAUGUUAUUGGAAUGCUGCAGUCAGGAAAGGACUUAUCUUCGCUACUAUGGACUGCUGGGACAGCGUUUUUGCAUGAUCAACAAAAUUCAUCAGGAAAACUUUGAAAAAUGUUUUGUGCAGCAGUACUCCAUGAUUCACCGGCUUGAAACUAACAAACUGCGUAAUGUGGCCAAGUUUUUUGCUCAUUUGCUCGGCACUGAUGCUCUGCCUUGGCAUUGUUUGGCUUAUAUACGGCUGACAGAGGAGGAUACGACCUCCUCUUCUCGUAUUUUUAUCAAGAUUCUAUUCCAGGAAAUGUCAGAGCACCUAGGUAUCCGCUUGUUGAAUGAGCGUCUUAACGACCCCACUAUGCAAGAAUCCUUGGAGUCUAUUUUCCCAAAAGAUAAUCCCAAGAAUACAAGGUUUGCCAUCAACUUUUUCACUUCUAUCGGUCUGGGUGGAAUCACCGAGAGUCUGCGAGAGUAUCUCAAGAACAUGCCAAGGCUUAUCAUGCAACAACAGAAGCCUGUUUCUGAAUCGGAUGAGUCUGGGAGUUCAUCUGGUUCUGAAUCUUCAGGAUCCGAGUCAGAAUCAUCUUCAUCCAGUUCUGAGGAAAGUGAUGGUAGUCGAAGGAAGCGGAGGAAGAGGAGAAGAUAGAGAGACCAUAGACUGCUCAGCAAUCUGAAAAUUAGACUGAUACCUAUUUCGAUCGAGAACUAGUUAGUACGUGUUGUCAUCCUGAGAAAAUUAGAUUUUUGUUUGCCUUGUAUGUUUAAUCCACUACAAUUUGUGCAGCAGUUUCAGUUUUGGCUUUGUUCCAGUUUUGA